UUUUAAGGAUUUCUUAGGACAGUUUUUUGUCACGGACUCCUUCACUGCCGUGUGACAUCACUUCAUCUGAAAUAGUCUUUUCAUAUGUUGAUCUCAUUAACAAGAACAAUCGGGAACUGCUGGUUCAUUACUUGUUUUAGGAAUAAAUAAGGUCAUUUUUCACUGUCAAGGUAUACACUAGUACUACUGAACUCUUCUGGAAACAGUCGCACAGUUUCCAUCCGGGUAUUUUGUGCAGGUUUCCUGUUGGCUGUGACCUGUGCAGUUUUGUUUGAAGUAUGCUCACUGCACUUAGCUCCGUGGUUUCAAUUAUCUUGAAGUAGCACAAGAAGACCUUGUAUUUGGAAUCCGAGAAGCCUAAGGAAUAUGCAUAUUUUUCCUGGACGACAUUUUGGGGUGAAAUAUUUGAUUAAAACUGCAGUUUUUAUUUUUAGCAGGAAGAGUGAUGGGGGUGAAAGGGUUGCAGUGGUUUGUGGAAAACGUAAGUUCAGAAGUCUGUGUGGAGGUGAAUCUACAGGAGAUGGCUAAGCAGUACCAGCGUGACCAGCCCGGGUGUACCCCUACUCUGGUGGUCGAUGCAAUGGCAUGUUUGAGGCACUGGUACACAUCUGAAGCCUGGGUGCAUGGUGGGCAGUGGCGAGAGUAUAUGCACAACCUUGAAACCUUUGUGAGAGCAUUCACAAAUGCAGGCAUCAAACUGGUAUUCUUCUUUGAUGGAGUGGUGGAGCAGACAAAGAGGGCAGAGUGGGUAAAACGCAGACUGAGAAACAACAAAGAAAUCAGCCAAAUCUUUCAGUAUAUCAAGACCACUGGACAGCAACCAGGAAGAGAGAUGUUCUUUAUUCCCUCCGGCCUGGCUACAUUCUCACGAUUCGCUUUGAAAUCCCUUGGUGUAGAAACAUGGUGCUCAGUGCGAGAGGCAGAUUAUGAAAUUGCCAGUUAUGGACUGUUUCAUAACUGCAUGGGCAUUCUUGGACAAGACUCUGAUUACCUCAUCUAUGAUACUGUCCCAUACCUAUCCAUUAGUAAGCUGCAACUUGGCAGACUGGUCACUGUUCUUUUCUCAAGGGAAAAUCUUUGCCAGGCACUGAAACUCAGUAAGAGUGACCUCCCACUUUUGGCUUGCAUUCUCGGCAAUGACGUUGUGCCAGAGAACCAAUUACAGAAGCUUCGGCGUAGCUGCAUGGAUUCGUAUUGGCAAAAAAAAAAAAAAUGUACACAACAAACAGUUUUAGCAGUAGCAAACUAUAUUUCAGGACAUCUUUGUUUAAGUGAAGGGUUAAAGGAAAUUACAAAACUGCCAGUGUCUGAAGCAGACAGGGCUUUGCUUGAGAAAGGAAUUGAUUCAUAUCUUCUACCUGAGCAGCAGACCCCUUGGCUUCCUUAUCGAAAGAAACACUCUUCUUAUGGGGCCCAGGUUGAACUAAGAAGUGGCUCGAACCAAGACAUUAUACAGUUUGCAAAAGAGCAGCACAUCAGAGCAGAUAAUUUUAUGGUUUUCAACAUCCUGAGUGCUGGAGAAGUCAGUUGCAGCAAUACUUUAGAAGAUGACCAAGAUCCUGAUCUUCCUGGACAUGCACUCGUUUACCGGCCUGCCCGUCAGCAUAUUUACGCAGUCCUGUUGGGUGCAAAACAAGAUGGCAGUGAAUCACCCCCUUCAGUGAAAGAGUGGUUUGUCUACCCUGGAAAUCCUCUUCAGCAUGCAGAGCUGGUUACAGCUGUACCCGUCGAUCUCCCAGGCAGAAGGCCAGAUCUGAAAAUACUGUGGUUUUCUGAAGAACCAGAGAUUAAAAAUCUUCGUUAUUCCACAUUCCUUGCUUUAUUCGACAUACAAGAUUUAUCAGAUGAACUCUGUGCUUUGGAGACACAUCUAAUAGGCACAUGUUGUCUACUAAUAUACAUUGCCUUACAGGUAAACAAUCUUUGCUUGGAAGACAUAGAUGCAUAUCUGGCUCAGACUCUUUGUGUUCGCACCAAAUCACCUGACCAACUUGCUUGUACUCAGGUAGCCUGUGUGGACUCCAGAGCAGUACAUCUUGGCUCCCUGUUUGUACGAGGAUUGACGAUUCUUAUUGCAGCCAACAGCUCUUGUGGAUUUCCAUUUAGGAUGGCUGAUCUGAUGCCAUGGGAAAUGUUUGAUGGGAAGCUGUUCCAUUCAAAGUACUUGCAGUCACAUGCUGGAUGUUCUGAAGGGGAACUCCUGGAAGGAAAUAUGUCCUUGAUUAUCCAGUUUCAUUACCUGAAAACUAUCAUCACCAAUACAUGUAUCAGAAAGAGGAGAAACAUUGAGAGCAAACCAAGAGGCCCUUUAGCAGCGAAACAGGCAUGUAGCAGUUAUCAUGCAAGAGGUGGAGGACCCAGUUCCCACAAAGGGCAAAGACAGUACUUUCCUCCUCAAAAUGAUCCCUGCACAUCUGGAUUUCAAUUGAGUCCUUCACGGACUCAAGAACAAAGACAUAGACCGAGAUACAGAGCCCAAAACAGACGGAGGAUCCAGCUUGCUCCACGCUGGCCACAAUAUCAAAACCCUCAUCCUGGCUGGUCCUAAUGGAGAAUCUGCAAUAUGAAAACAUUGAACUUGUAAAGAAUUGCAGAAGACUUAUACAAGUAAUUACCAACGGUGGAUCACCAGUAAACACCGAAAGUUUAUGUUUUGCAAACUCUCAGCAUUUGUGAUCUACCGGUUCAUUUUUUUUUUAAUUAACAAAGUAUUUUGACUUUAAUCUUGAAGCACCUAAAAUGCUGAAAAAAUCCCUAUAAUUCCAAUUUCUACAGUGCUUCAGAUUAUUUGGUUUUGUGGAAUGGAAAACUGUUUUAUUGGCACUUAUAUUGUUGAAAUAAUAACAUGUUAAAUGAAUUAAUCAAUAAACACAUUCAGAUAAGACCCUUCUUUCAAGACUA